AAUCCUGGGUCGUUUGCUUCUGAAGCUAGGAUUUGCAGGAAAACCAUGAAGGCUGUGUUGGUCCUCGGACUGUGCGUUAUUGCACUGUGCUGUGCUCUCCCUGUUGAUGAUGAGCAGGAAAGAGAGAAGCGCUCAUCGAGCGGCGAGCACUACCGAGGAAGAUAUGGAGGGCCUAUCUUCUACCCCAACCCCGAUAACAACAACAACAACGUGCUGAACGCUCUGCUGCCCUUACUUAUUGCCCGACUGUUCCCUGUUCCUGUUCCUAUUCCUGUUCCUGCUCCUCCACCACCACCUCCACCCCCACCCCCACCCGGAAAAUAA